AUGGAGGAGCAUCAGAAGCAGUACGCUGAGAACCGAGACGCGCUCGUGGACGCGAUUGGAAAGACGUCGGGUGUGUUGAGGGAGCUCAAGGAGUUCAACAAGAACAGGUGGAUCAUUCACUACCCCGAGCUUGUUGGUCCCGCCGCGGCGUCGAAGCGAGAACAGCUCCAUUCGACGUCUUCGACGAUGACCGUGCCAAAGGUCGGCGAGGAAGAGCGGCCGAGCCUGGCGCGCGCGCAGACUUCCAUGGGCGGAUCUACGGGCAAAGAAGAGAUGUCUGUCCUCAAGCUCGAUCUGAAGCUGGGUGCGGCCAACAUCGGCUCGCCAAACAACGGUCAGGCGCUGGUCCACUCGCUCGAAAAGUCUUCGGUGGCCCAGCUUCUCGAGGGACGCAUGACGACGUCGCUCCGUCAAUUGACCAGCCUCGAGCAGCGCAUCAGCGACACGCAGUCCAAAGUUCUCGUCACCGGCGACCUCAACGCAGGCAAGUCGACGUUCGUCAACGCGCUGCUAAGGAGAAACGUCAUGCCGAUCGACCAGCAGCCCUGCACCACCGUCUUCUGCGAAGUCCUCGACGCAGCAGACUUCAACAACGGCAAGGAAGAGGUGCACAUGCUGCGCAAGGAUGUCCAGUACGAUGCCGCAAACGAGAGCACCUAUACCAAGCACGCUGUCGAAGACAUCGAAGACAUCGUGGCCAAGGCGGAAGAGUGCUCGCCCGAGGACGCGCCGCUGCUCAAGUGCUACUGCUCCGACACUAGGUCCACCCAGCAGUCACUCCUCCGCAACGGUGUUGUCGACAUUGCACUCAUCGAUGCGCCUGGAUUGAACCGUGAUUCGCUCAAGACGACGGCCCUCUUUGCGCGGCAGGAGGAGAUCGACGUCGUUGUCUUUGUCGUCUCCGCCGAGAACCACUUUACCCUCUCGGCAAAGGAGUUCCUCUGGAAUGCGUCCAACGACAAGGCUUACGUCUUCAUCGUCGUCAACAAGUACGACCAGAUCAAGAACAAGGAAAAGUGCAAGCGGCUGGUGCUGGAGCAGAUCAAGCAGCUCAGCCCGAGGACAUACGAAGAUGCAGAGGACCUCGUCCACUUUGUCGACUCCUCUGCCGUGAUGGAGCGCGAGCAGCAGGACGAGUCGCCUUCGUUUGCCCAACUCGAGUCGGCGCUGAGGGACUUUGUGCUGCAGAAGCGGUCCAAGUCGAAGCUGCUGCCUGCGUCAACCUACCUUUUGAGGCUGCUCUUCGACGUGGGCUUUUUGGCCAAGACGAACCUGGAUGUGGCCCAAAAGGAGCUCAACGAUGCUCGCAAGGCCCUCGAGGCGGCAAGGCCCGCGCUCGAGCUCGUUCAGAAGAAUCAGGGCAAGGUCGAAGGCCUUGUCGAGGGCGAAGAAGACGGUGUCGUAGGCAAGAUCAACCAGGAUGCAACUGGCACUCUUACGAAGGCUGUCGACGUUGUCGGAAAGGGUGGUAUGGCUGACGGUCGGCCGCUUCCCAACUAUCCUGGCCUGCUGGAAGUGUGGACGUACGCGCAGGACGUGCGUAGUGCCCUCGUCGACUCGCUCGAGGCCGUCGUGCGUUCCGUUGAGGACUCUGCACGCGUCGUGGCGACCGAUGCCGUGCACCGCAUUCGAGAGAUGGGCGAGUCCCAUCUGCCAGCCGAUGUCGAGAAGAGCCAGCGCGUCUUCCUCCCCGAGGCCAUGUUCGCCAAGCGACGGAGCAAGAAGGCAACGCACGUGGCCGGUCUGGGUCUUGGAGCCGAGCUCGUCGAGGUGCGCAUCUCGGACCUCUUUGAUGCGAGCCACCACCUGCUGGUCAUCACGGGUCAGGACGAGGAGACGGCUGGAGGCAACGCCAAGAAGGAUCACGAAGAAGAGAUGUCGCUGGUCAACAGCUUCUCCGUCGGCAUGGGCGCCUUGACCUUGGUCGGAGGAAAGGCGUUUGGAGCAAAAUCGGCCGUCGAGGCUUUCGUGCGCGUGAGCGACAUGCUGGGAAGCAAGGCUUUCCGACGGUGGGCCAUGCCCGUCUUCGUCGUUGCCAGCUCAGGCCUGGUGCUGUGGACAAUUGUCGACCUUCCCAACUCCAUUCCCCGAAACGUCGGUCGGUCGCUGAAGCGCGAGCUCAAGUCGGCCGAUUCCAAGAAGACGGCCUUUGUCGAUGUCGAUGCAGCACGAGUGUCGAGGGAGACGAGGCGCGUCCUCAGGCUGGCAGGUUACGAUCUCUCAGAGCGUUUCCGUGUCGCUGUGGCGCAGCGAAGGGCUGAAGUCGAGAAACAGGAGAAGAUUGCCAGAGAGGCAGACGAGGCGGAGAGAUGGUUCGAGAAGACGGGCAAGGAGGUGCAGGACAUCAGGACUGGCGUCGCCGGGCUUCAAUGGGGCCAGUAG